UCAACAGUAUAAAUAAAUUCCCCAAUUUCUCGUCUAAGUAGAACCCUCUUUUCUUCUUCAUGAUAAUUCCUUUCUAUGAACAAUAUUUCUCCUACUUUUUUUCUUAUUUUGUAAAUUAUUAUUUUUUUUUAUGUUUCUUUGAUUUUUUUAAUAUUAUCUAGACUAGAUCUAGAAUACUAGUUUUUGAAAUUUUGUGUUUUAAUGGAGGUUGAAGGCUUGAAUGAAUAUGGAUGGGAACAUAUAUUUCAUGAUUGCGAAAUUCCUCGAAAUGGGUUUGAAGAUGUAUUUACAGAAGCUUCAUCAUUACCUGCAACAGAGGCAAUUGAUUCGUGGAUUGAGGAAUUACUAAUGAAGGAUAAUGAUGAACAAACUUACGUACCCAACGACUGUUUUACAUGGUCUGAUUUACUAGUUGAUUCCCCAAACGAGAAUUUCCAGGUGUCCGAUGAACAACCUCUUACUGAGGUUAAGAGUUCACCAAAUGCAUCGGAAUCUGAGGGUAAUAUAGUUGAUGCUACUAGAACUCCAAUUGAUUAUAAUUAUAAAAGUAAUGUUAAUGGAGAUGAUAAUAUUCGAAAUUUUAAAUCGAAUGUUGGGAAUGAUAAGUCUGGGGAUGUUAUUUUGGAAGGCAAUGUUAUUGAUUCUAAUGCUGAUCGCCUCUCUAAGAAACGUAAAAGGCAGUUGAGAAAUAGAGAUGCUGCAAUGAAAUCAAGGGAGAGGAAGAAGAUUUAUGUGAAAGAUUUGGAGAUGAAGAGCCGCUAUAUGGAAGCGGAAUGUCGAAGAUUAGGAAGGUUACUUCAGUGUUGUUACGCUGAGAAUCAGAUGCUGCGCAUUUCCUUGAGCAAUGCAUAUGGUGCUUCCUUGACCAAACCGGAGUCUGCCGUGCUCUUGUUGGAAUCCCUGCUGUUGGUUUCCCUGGUUUGGUUAAUGGUGAACAUGUGCCUGCUCUCUCAAUCCAAAGUUCAAGUUCCACACGAAAGCGAGGAGACAAAAAAACAAAAACAGGAAAACGCAGCACAAAACAGAAGGGGGGCAAAGGUCACUGAUGUUUCGGUGAUCCUUUGUUUCACGAGGAGUAAGAGAUGCAGAGGUUCAAGGAUAAAAAUGAAAUACAACUUUAAACAUGAUAAAAGCUGUUGUGUAAUUAAUCUCUUUAGUCUAAAGCCCCUGCAGAUGGUUUCCAAUUCCAAUUUUCAGCCUUGAGUUGAUUUGGCAGAUAGUGAGGGAACGCAGCUUAGAGUUUGACAACAUUAGCAUCCUUUGGUUGUUGUAUUUUCCAAUUUCCCGCCACUCCUUUUAUAUUAUUAUGUGUUCACUCUUUAUUUUUGAAAACCUCUGGAAGUUUUAUCCUGGAAUAACAUGUGAAAUUCUCCUUGUUGCUUUGUUCACUGAUGGACUACUUUUUGUUUUACAGCCUGUUUGGCACUUGGUAUUAAAGGAUGAUAAUGAUAAUAAAAUUAAGUAAUAAAAAAUUUGAUU